AUGUCGUCUACGAGUCAUUUGACCGUGGCUCCGACUAGCGAGACAAAAAACGAGCAGCAGAAAAGUAGUCACGAUUCGCGCAACCUACGUUGUGGAGGUUCAUCGAAUUUACUACGUCUAUCAUCACCUCCUACGACUAACUCAAAAUAUCUCUAUUAUGUAAACGUUGAACCAACUCGCAAACCGUCUGCAACAACAACAGCUCUACUCACAACAACAACAGCAGCAGCAUUUAAUUCGUCUGGCAAACUAAGUACUAUUGCACUACCCGUUCCUUGGUACAAGAGAGCACGUUCACCUAGUGACGAAAAAGCUCCGAAAAUGUCUCGAGAUCGUUUACUUCCAUUUGAUAAAUUGUUUCAUAACAAUGCUCUUGCCGAUACAUUAACUGCGACUACCGAUGAAGAUCAAGCGUCUCCGAUCAAUGACCUAACUCCUCUUGAUGAAGCGAUUAAAUUUAAUGAAAAAAAUAUGCAACAAAUAAAAGAAAACGGCUGUAUAAAUAAUUCUUCACAUAGUCUCGAAGUACUAAAAACAAAAUUAUUGCAAUAUACAACAAAAGGCACCAAAGCGUUGCGUUUGCUGGGUGAUGGUGGUCGCAAACACGGCAAUGAUGCUCGACAAGGUCAAGCAAACAAUCUCAAUGAUUCUAUCCGAGCGAGAACUGUUACGCGUGGAAAUACGCAACGACGUCUUCUCCUCAAGAAUGGUGAAGUGAAUAUAUCAAGAUUUAAUAUUGAAAAACGUCGCCGUCAAUAUUUAGCAGAUAUUUUCACAACACUAAUCGAUUUAAAAUGGCGUUAUACCUUAUGCUUGUUUACUCUGGGCUUCUGUUUGAGUUGGCUAGCGUUUGCGUUGAUAUGGUAUCUUUUAAUGUAUUCGUAUGGCGACUUUUAUCCGGAUAAUUAUAACUCAGCGAAUUAUUCUGUUUGUAUUGCCGGUGUACAUUCAUUUGCUGGUGCAUUACUGUUUUCAAUUGAAACCCAACAAACUAUCGGUUAUGGUACGCGUGUUGUUAAAGAAACUUGUUAUUUCGCUAUUAUUGUUAUUAUGUUACAAUCAAGUAUCGGAGUUUUAUUGCAAUCGUUCAUGGUUGGUGUCGUAUUUGCCAAAAUAUCUCGACCGAAAAAACGAACUGAGACAUUAAUCUGGUCACGCGAAGCAGUUAUCUGUUUACGUGACGGUCAAAUGACGCUGCAAUGUCGAGUUGGUGACAUGCGUAAAUCACAUAUCGUGGAAGCGCAUGUUCGAAUGUAUUUAAUAAAAAAACGCGUCACUUUAGAAGGAGAAAUUCUUCCUCUACAUACUUAUGAUAUGAAUGUCGGUUUUGACAAAGGUACUGAUCGUUUAUUUUUAAUUUGGCCAUUAGUUGUUGAACAUAUUAUCGAUGAACAAUCACCAUUGUAUGACAUCAGUCGAGCAGAUCUAAUCCAGCAACGUUUCGAAUUAGUUGUCAUAUUAGAAGGUAUCAUCGAAUCAACCGGCAUGACAACCCAGGCUCGCACAUCUUAUUUACCAUCGGAAAUUUUGUGGGGUUAUCGUUUUGAACGUUUAAUCACCUUUCAACGUGAUGAUGGUCUAUAUCGCAUUGAUUAUUCACGUUUCAAUCUAUCUUAUCCCGUUGACAUGAUAACAUGCAGUGCUAAAGAACUCAAAGAUCUACAUGAACUAGAAAAACAACACGAGCAUAACCAAAGUAACAUUACUCCGAAUGUUAUUGAUAAUGACAACGACAAUGACAACGAUACAAAUGAACCAGUCUAUUCCAAAAACAUACGAAAUGAUUCCUCGCCGGUGGUCUUCAUGGUGUGUUUUAUAUAA